AUUGUAAAUACGACGAUGAAUGUUCGGACCAUCGACAAGUAUGCGAUUAUUCGGAUGAAUUCAAAAUGUCAGUAUGUGUUUGUGAUAGUAUUCAUAAAUGGAGUACAGACUUUCAUCAAUGCAUUCCAAUACAUAAUUCAACGGAGUUAGUGAAAUUAUUGGAGGAAAAAUAUAAUACAACUGGAUGGAUUGCACAAGAAGCGCGUAUUAUUUUCAUGGGUGCAAUGAUUGCUGGAUUAAUUGUUGUCUUUUUUUCCGUCCUAUGUUUUUUGGGAGUUGUGUUAUAUUGUAUGCAUAUUCGUAGACGAGAUCGUGAAUUAAAAGAAAUUGUUCAUCGAUUGAAGGAACAACAUUCAGCUCCAACAGUGCGAAAAGCUGUACAUAUUUAAAAUUUAGAUUAGCCAUAAUUUUAUGGAUUCGUUAUAAAUGGUACUUUCAAAGAACCAAAAAUAUAUUAUCAGUGAGAGUCGAUAAUCAUAAAACACUUUUGAAGAAAGUGAUUGGUAUAUUGUUUUCAAAAGUUCA